CUUGUGAUCGCUGUGUGCAGGACUUUCCCCGCUCAGUCAGUGUGUAAGGGGAGCCGGAUCAGAGGAAGCGCCAUUGAGGAGAGAGGAGCUAACCGAGCCGCGGCUCAGAUGAGGUGAUGGGCUCCGGGAUGCUUUCAGACUGCCCUCGAGGCGGGUGGAUGGCGAGGAUUAAAGGAAUGAAGCUAGGUGUCCGCUUCCGUUAUUAUUUCCAGCAUCCAUGGUCACGCCUGGUUGUAGCCUACCUUGUCACCUUCUUCAACUUCCUCAUCUUUGCUGAAGACCCUGUAUCCCACAGCCAGACUGAGGCGCACAUGAUAGUUGUGGGAAACUGUUUCUCCUUCAUACUGAAUAAGUAUCCAGGUGGAGGGUGGAACUUCCUGAAGGUUCUGAUGUGGAUUCUGGCGAUCUUCGUAGGACUCAUUGCUGGGAAGUUCUUCUUCCAUCGAAGGCUGUUUGGGCGGUUCCUGCGACUGAAGAUGUUUCGUGAGGACCAUGGCUCCUGGAUGACUAUGUUCUUUAGCACUAUCCUUUUCCUCUUCAUCUUCUCUAACAUCUACAACCUCUUCCUCCUCAUGACUGAAGGCAUGCGCACUCACAUGGUCACAGAGUACAUGGGCAUAAGGAAUGAGAGCUUUAUGAAAAUGGCUGCUGUUGGUACGUGGAUGGGAGACUUUGUGACUGCGUGGAUGGUGACGGAUAUGAUGCUGCAGGACUCACUGUACCCGGACUGGGGACGAGCAGCUCGACGCUUCUGGAAACGGGGCAACAACAGAAUCGUGCUCUUCUGGACAGUGUUGAUUUCUCUGACCUCAGUGGUGGUAUUGGUUAUUAGUACAGAUUGGAUUAGUUGGGAUAAUCUGAACCGAGGGUUCUUACCUAGCGAUGAAGUCUCUCGAGCCUUCCUCGCCUCCUUUAUUCUCGUCUUCGACCUCCUCAUCAUCAUGCAGGACUGGGAGUUUCCCCAUUUCAUGGGGGAUUUGGAUAUGAACCUACCUGGCUUGUCUACAACUCAGCUAAAAUUUAAACUCCCAGUCUGCAAACGAAUUUUCAAGGAGGAGUAUCAUAUACACAUCACCGGUAAAUGGUUUAACUACGGCAUAAUUUUCUUGGUCCUCAUUCUUGACUUAAACAUGUGGAAGAACCAGAUCUUCUAUAAGCCCUACGAAUAUGGCCAGUAUGUUGGACCAGGAGAGAAGAUCUUCACAGUAGAGGAGCCAGACACUCUUAGCCACUUCAACCGCAGCACACUAACUUGGGAAUGGCGAUCAACUAACAUAAACCCUGACACCAACCUUCCAUACGUCCACAGAGACAUGUUUCUCCAUAGCCGCUACACUGGUGCCAGCCUGGAUGUCAAAUGCUUGGCGUUCAUUCCCAGUUUAGCUGCCUUUGUUCUCUUUGGUUUCUUUAUUUGGCUUUUUGGACGUUUCCAGGACAGUGAGACGUUCCUGGAUAGCCAAGACAAGACUUAUGAGCGCAUCAAACGUAAGUCACCUUCAGAUUUGGGCGUCACACCUGAGGAGGUGCAUGUAUCAAUGAGUGAGACCCUGAAAAGGAGUGGCACUCCCAUGUUGCUGCUAGUGGACACUCACCAUUUUGGGUCCUCUGCUAACUCCAUAUCCCCCUCUUCUAAUGAGACCCAGGAGACACAACCUGUAGAUGAAGCAGCAUGUGCAGAAGCGGCAGAUGUUAGCAAACUGACUCCAUAA